CCAGUCUGAAAUGUUCUUCUAGGAGUUUAAGACGGUUGCUCCUGAUUUUCCCCUGAGCAAUAAUAACGAAGCCCUGAGCAAACAACCUGCAUUUCCAUAAUUUGGAUGUACACAUGCAAUUCGUCCUGCACUGUGAAUCCUCUGUGAACCUGCCCUUGUCCAUCCUGCUGGAAAGGUACUGUGAAGCAUUGUCAGGCCUCUACAAUGUCACAGGUCCCUAUUGCAAUGCCACCACGGAUCAGAUCGGGACCUGCUGGCCCAAGACCGCGGCUGGGGAACUGGUGGAGAGACCCUGCCCGGAGUUCUUCAACGGCAUCAAAUACAACACCACCCGAAAUGCCUACAGAGAGUGUAUGGGAAAUGGGACAUGGGCGUCCAAGAUAAACUACUCUCAAUGUGAGCCUAUUCUGGAUGACAAGAGGAAGUAUGCACUCCAUUACAAGAUUGCUCUCAUCAUAAACUACCUGGGACACUGUAUAUCUGUAGGAGCACUUAUUGUUGCCUUCAUGCUUUUCUUGUGCUUGAGGAGCAUCAGAUGCCUGAGAAACAUUAUCCACUGGAACUUGAUAACAACAUUCAUCCUGAGGAAUGUGAUGUGGUUUUUGCUUCAAAUGAUUGAUCAUAACAUACAUGAAAGCAAUGAACCCUGGUGCCGGUGUAUUACAACGAUCUACAAUUAUUUUGUGGUGACUAACUUCUUCUGGAUGUUUGUGGAAGGCUGCUAUUUACACACAGCAAUCGUGAUGACAUACUCCACAGAUAAACUGAGGAAAUGGGUCUUUCUCUUCAUAGGAUGGUGUAUUCCUUGCCCGAUCAUAAUUGCGUGGGCCAUUGGCAAGCUGUAUUAUGAAAAUGAACAAUGCUGGUUCGGGAAGGAACCAGGAAAGUACAUAGACUACAUAUAUCAAGGCCCGGUGAUUCUUGUUCUUCUGAUAAAUUUUGUAUUUCUAUUUAACAUAGUUAGGAUUUUAAUGACAAAACUAAGAGCCUCAACCACUUCAGAAACGAUACAAUACAGGAAGGCAGUGAAGGCUACGUUAGUCCUCCUGCCUCUUCUAGGCAUUACCUAUAUGCUUUUCUUCGUCAACCCAGGUGAAGAUGACAUUUCCCAGAUUGUCUUCAUCUACUUCAAUUCCUUCUUGCAGUCCUUUCAGGGUUUCUUUGUGUCAGUAUUUUACUGCUUCCUGAAUGGUGAGGUCCGCUCAGCCGCAAGGAAAAGAUGGCAUCGCUGGCAGGACCACCAUUCCCUCCGUGUCCGUGUGGCCCGGGCCAUGUCUAUUCCCACCUCCCCGACGAGGAUCAGCUUCCACAGCAUCAAACAGACUGCGGCCGUUUGAUCGCACAGAAGCCCAGAGGCCUUCUCUUCCUUUCUCUUCCCCUUCCCUCUUCCUUUUUCUUUGCACCGUGCUCUUUCGGCAGUGAGGUGACCCCCUUGUGUCUUUGUGGACAUUCAUCCAUUUAUGCCCGAUGCUGCUUUAAGGCAACCAGCCAAAUAUAUAACAUAGGAGAGGACAGUGUGGGGGGGGGUGGGGAGGGCAGGGAGCAAAGUAGGAAGAAGAACAGGAGUCAAAACUGUUGGCUCAAUGAAGAGAUUUUCAGCCUGUAGCCAUAAAGAAUAAGACAGCCGGAUGGAAGGAAAAUUGGGUUUUUCACGGGUUGGUUUUUUUCCCCUUGAACUAGGGUGGCUCCAAAGACUUUCUAAAGAACCGCCCACCUUGUUGCAUCUUUCCAUGCCUAACAGUUCCAGCUACUUUGCUCGGCAGCCUGUCCACCUCCUCCUUUGCUCUUGGAAAAAGUUUCUCCUCUGCAGAGCUGGCCUUCAAGUGCACGAGGCAGUAAACGGAAGAUGAUGUUGAAGGUGUUGUGGAGAAUCAGAACUUGGACACCUUCUCCAUGUCUGCCCCUGAUAGAAGGGUAUUGGCCCGUAUGGAAAUCAGUGGGCUCUUUGUCUGGUCCGAAGCCAGCCCUAUGGACAGAAAAGGUUUUGAAACCUUCAAACUCUGUAAUAUCUCUAGAUCUCUCUAUAAAUUAUUCUCACUCAUCUCCGCUUUAGCCCGAUAGUUUCGACAUUAUGUAAAAUAACCUUUGGACGUCUUUAUUUGCUUUUACCUGGGGGAAGGUAGGGGAGGGCAAAGGGACACCCUGAGGAUUUUCUCAAUUGUGUUGCUUGGUUUUUUGAUUCAAAAAGGGAAGCUCUGUAAAAAAAGGCGAUGAUGGUUUCUGAGUUACGAGGAUAGUGCUCAAUGCUGCACAAAGAAUAUCUAUUCAUCAUUUUGAACUAGAACAGGUGCAUCUAGUUAGGCUUUUUAUGUGAUGUUCAGAAAUAUUGUAUAUUUUCAAUAAUAAACACUAUUCUG